AUGGAUUCAGAACCAGAAGCUCUUGAGGAGAAGUUGACAUCUUUACUUGGACAGCUCCAAGCAGAGAGUGCCAUUCUGGAAAGAAUGGUUUACAAGAACAAGAACCAGCAUAGGCGUGGCUCGUAUUUCCAGUACCUUAUGAAGGUAAGGAGGGAUUUGAGGCUUUUACAAUCCACUAAACUGGAGGAGAUUUUGGGUUGCUGUUUCCAAAGUAUCACUGGGAAGAGACCUAAGCAAAAAGUGCAUCUAUUAGAAAGCUUGAAGAGAAGGAAAUAUGAAAGUGGAAAAUAUAAUUUCAUGGAGCGACUUCUGGGAGCUGCACGCCUUCUGUCACAGAUGGUUGAGCCAAUGCUGAAGGCAGCUAUCGAGAUAUCUACACUGCUCGCUCGUUCAUUUUUCAUGGGAUUUUCUCUGACUAUUUUAGCUGUGCUUGCACGACUUCGAGUUUUGGUUCAACAAAUUUUACUUGAUGUUGUUUCCGUUUUCAACAUGGUUUCUUCUCUCUCCCAAAAGAAGCAAUCCAUAAAGAUAAAUCAAGGAGGACUUGAGGUCUUUAGGGAGUUUUACCCAACAAAUGAGGAAUUUAUCAUUCUUGAGUGUGUGUUGAAAUCAGAUAAGUUUGAAUUGCUCGAGAGCACACAUAAGAGUGAGAUUGCAAGUCAUGAUGGGGAUCUUGCUGUAGGGGCAUCAUCUGUACUAUAUCAAAGUGUUGAGUCUUUACUUGGAGAUGAUGAAAAUAUUCCCCAGACGGCAGAUGCAAACCACGCUAUUGAAAAAGUUCCAAUCCACAUCACGGAGGAUAAGAUUGGUUUGUUGUCAGGCCUGUCCAACGACGGUACUGAUGGGAAGCUGGUUGAACGUUGUGAAGAUGGUUCAAACAUUGCGGAGAUUCCUAGCAAGAAGCUUUCUGAAGAAGGUUGCUUGCUACCAGGCUCAAGCUCACCUACAAGUUCCGAUGCAUCAAAACUGAGGUCUGGACCUGUUAAAGUGGCAUUUGUACAAGUCAAAAGACCUUUACCCUCAACAACAAAUACAACUGAAAUCCAUUUUAAAGAAACUGACAUCAAUAGCCAUAACGAGGAAGAAGAUCCAUUGGCAUGGAAGUUUAAGGAGCACGAGCAUCCAUCUUCAGAAUAG